CGCGAUUUCUCUCUUUCUCUCUCUAGCGAAACCGACUCCCCCCCUUCAUAUCCCUCUCGCUCUUGCUCUUCAAAGCCUUUCCACAUAACAGUGAAGCCAAAUCCCUAACGCCAAACACGAACCAAGAAAAGCUAAAUCUCCUUAUCUUCCUCCCAAACCCUAGAGUUUUACAGGAUUCGUCAUGAAGGGCGGUAAAUCCAAGGCGGCUCCUAAAAAGGCCGAUUCUAAGUUGAAGACCAAAAGUGCUGGAGCUAGUAAGAAAUCGGCGAAGGCUGCGAAGGAUCCUAACAAGCCGAAGAGGCCUGCUAGUGCUUUUUUCGUUUUCAUGGAGGAGUUUAGGAAGCAGUACAAAAAGGAGCAUCCUAACAACAAAUCUGUGGCCGCUGUUGGGAAGGCUGGCGGUGAUAAAUGGAGAUCAUUGUCAGACGCCGAGAAAGCGCCUUACGUAAGCAAGGCGGAGAAGAAAAAGACCGAGUACAACAAGACGAUGCAGGCCUAUAACAAGAAACUUGCGGAGGGCAGCAAUGGAGCUGAAGAAGAGGAAUCAGACAAAUCUAAAUCAGAAGUCAAUGACAACGAAGAAGAUGACGAUGAGAGUGGAGAGGAGGAUGAUGAUGAGUAACUGUGUAACUGUAUGGGAUGAGGAAUGCGUUUGAAGGAUAAGCGAUUUAACUUCUCAUAGCUUGGAGCAUAAAGACUCUGCAAUUUAGAUUUUUCUUAUGUCUCGGAUAAAUAGCUACUUUAUUUUUCUCUUUUUUUUGGGUAGUUAGCAUAGAUGGGAGAAAAAAAAAUCAAAACAAAGAAUGCUCUGUUCAAUGUUAGAUUCCUUAAGUUGACAUGGUUCUGUAUUUGAAAGGAAAAUCUGUUAGUAAUUCACAACCAUUCAGUUUUAGUUCAUUA